GGCGGCGCCGAGGCAGGGAGGCUCCGGGCCGCGUGGCAUCCGGAGGGGCGCCCCGGCCUCCGCGGAGACGAUGGCGGAGAAAGAAGGACCAACUGUAGAAUUGCGCCAAAGGAAAAAACCAAAGUCUUCAGAAAAUAAGGAAUCUGCCAAAGAAGAGAAAAUCAAAGAUGCACCAAUUCCUGAAAAAGCCUCGAAACAUGUAUUAUUCCAGCGCUUUGCAAAGUUUUUCAUUGGCUGUCUUGCAGCAGCUACAAGUGGUAUGAUGUAUGCCCUCUACUUAUCUGCUUACCAUGAACGGAAAUUCUGGUUUUCUAACAGGCAGGAACUUGAACGGGAAAUCACCUUUCAGGGUGACAGUGCCAUUUACUACUCCUAUUAUAAAGAUAUGUUAAAAGCACCUUCAUAUGAAAGAGGAGUUUAUGAACUGACGCAUAAUAAUAAAACUGUAUCUCUAAAGACAAUAAAUGCAGUGCAGCAAAUGUCUCUAUAUCCAGAACUUUUUGCCAGUGUUUUGUAUCAAGCAACUGGUAGCAACGAGAUUAUUGAACCAGUUUAUUUCUAUAUUGGUAUUGUUUUUGGACUACAAGGAAUAUAUGUGACUGCUUUAUUUGUUACAAGUUGGCUUAUGAGUGGAACAUGGCUAGCAGGAAUGCUUACUGUUGCAUGGUUCAUUAUUAAUAGGAUGGAUACAACAAGAAUAGAAUACUCAAUUCCUUUAAGAGAAAACUGGGCCUUACCAUAUUUUGCAUGUCAAGUUGCUGCACUUACAGGGUAUUUGAAAAGCAAUAUAAAUACUUAUGCAGAGAGGUUUUGCUACUUGUUAAUGAGUGCUUCAACAUACACUUUUUUGAUGAUGUGGGAAUAUAGCCACUAUCUUCUUUUUCUCCAAGCAAUAUCCCUAUUCCUGGUAGACAGCUUAAAACUGGAGCAAAGUGACAAGGUUCAUGAAGUUUAUAAAAUCUACAUGUUUUCUCUGUUUCUGGGAUAUUUGCUGCAGUUUGAGAAUCCAGCUUUAUUGGUGUCUCCUUUAUUGAGUUUGGUUGCAGCCUUAAUGCUUGCUAAGUGCAUUCAGGUAAAUAUGAAGAAAGGAACUCAUAUAGCUAAAAUGAUAAAAGUGAUUCAUUUCUACUUGGUGUGUACUCUCACAUUGACACUGAACAUUCUAAUGAAGAUAUUUGUCCCACACAAAGAAAAUGAGCACAUGCUGAAAUUCCUUGAAGUAAAGUUUGGGCUAAAUAUGACCAAGAAUUUUACAAUGAAUUGGCUCCUCUGUCAAGAAUCCCUCCAAGCACCAUCUCAAGAUUUUUUUUUGCGAUUGACACAGUCAUCUUUAUUACCUUUCUAUAUUUUAGUGUUAACUAUUUGUUUUUUUUCUGUGAUGCAAGUUUUUUUUAGAAGAAUUAAUGGUGAGUCCAUGAAAGACACUAUUACUCUGGAAGAUGGACAAAUUGGAGGAAGGCCCGAAGUAAUUUAUCAUGUCAUUCACACAAUUUUAUUGGGUUCUCUUGCAAUGGUUAUAGAAGGCUCAAAAUAUCUGUGGACUCCUUAUGUGUGCAUGUUAGCAGCAUUUGGUGUAUGUUCUCCUGAACUUUGGAUGACUCUUUUUAAAUGGCUUCGAUUAAAAACUGUGCACCCAAUAUUGUUGGCCCUUAUUCUGAGCAUGGCUGUGCCUACAAUAAUAGGUUUUAGCUUAUGGAAGGAGUUUUUUCCAAGAUUAAUGACAGAGUUAUCAGAACUACAGGAAUUCUAUGACCCCGAUACAGUGGAACUUAUGACCUGGAUAAAAAGGCAAGCUCCUGUGGCAGCUGUGUUUGCAGGGAGUCCACAGUUAAUGGGUGUGAUUAAAUUAUGCACUGGAGGGAUGGUGACAAGUUUGCCUCUUUACAAUGAUGAUGAUCUUCUCAAAAGGAAUGAAAAUAUCUAUCAAAUCUAUUCAAAACGAUCUGCUGAAGAUAUCUACAAAAUACUGACAUCCUACAAAGCUAAUUAUCUAAUUGUAGAGGAUGCUAUCUGCAAUGAGGUGGGAACCACGCGAGGAUGUAGAGUUAAAGACUUACUAGACAUCGCAAAUGGGCAUGUGAUUUGUGAAGAAGGUGACAAGCUGACGUACUCAAAAUAUGGACGAUUUUGCCAUGAGGUCAAAAUUAACUAUUCUCCAUACGUGAAUUAUUUCACUAGAGUAUACUGGAACAGAUCCUACUUUGUAUAUAAAAUCAACACUGUGAUAUCCUUCCAGUCUUAAAAAAUAGCAGAACCUUUAUUUCAGGGACUUACACUAUAUGAAGUAAAAUGUGAUUUUUCUUCUACCUACACAGUAUCUUUUGCAGAUCAGAGUCUAGCCAUUUGAAACAUUGCUGCUGCUUUUCCCAUCUUGCUGUUGACCAGAUCCAGAGUUCUGUGGGAAAUAGAAGAUGAAGUAGUACUCUUUUUUGGCACAGUGUCAAAUCUACACCUGGCAAUAGCCCAGUCAGUUGUCUUCUUUACUAAUAAUACGCUCUUUAAAAGUUUUAACUUUCUAAUAUGUAAGAUUUUCACCACAUACCUUCAUUAUAUCAUAACAUUGAUCUUGAAAUUGGAAACUGUUUAAAGUUGGAGUAUGGAUCGCAAGCAAAACACUUAACAAAUGCUUUAAAUGAUAGAAGUAACUAUUCUUCCCUUCAAGCAAGUUUUUAAAG